AUGAAACAAGAAUUUGAAUUUAAAAAGAUUGAAUUAUUCGAGUCAUUAUCAGAAGUAGAUGACUUUAUUAAUGAUUGUGAUAAUGAUGAAGUAUAUGCAAAUAAACCAUAUUAUUCACAUCAUGGAUAUGAUGAUGAUAAACGUGGUUAUAUUGGAUAUAUAUACUGGGAUCCAUCAACAAAUACUUUGAAACAUACCAACAAGAAUAACAUCAUCAAAUGGAUCCAAUUCCAUCAGAAUGGUUUUGGUUAUGGUGAAGAAGAACGUAAUCUUGAAGGUAUUGAUGACACAACAAAGUGGUCCGACCAUUCAGGUGGUUUAUCAAUAAACGUUGGUAAAUUCCUUGAUAUUGGUUCAGAUGAUUAUAUGAUACCACCUCAUGAAGAUCCAACAUUAUACUAUGAUGAUGGUAAAUUGAAUGUACGUAUAAAUGAAUUAUAUGGUUUAAAGAAUGAUGGUAAUAAUAAAAUUCGCAUAAAUACUUAUAAUCAUAAAGUAAUUGAUACAAAUAUUGCAAAUGGUGGUAUAGGAUUCAACACAUCAGAAACACAAAAAGGUGGUAUUUAUGUUCUUAGAGGAUUAGGUAUAAAAGCAACUAAAUACAAUCAAGCUGGUAGUAAUUAUGAAUUAAAUCCAUAUGCAAUUGGUGUAAAUAUAAUCGACCACUCAACAGGUAUUCUUGAUAAACCAACAACAUUAUCUCCUGAUGGUAAAGUUGUAUCUGCUCCUGAAUAUCGUAAAUUUUAUGGUGGUUUACGUUAUAUAAAUAAAACUGAUACGGCUGAAUCUGGAAUUGCGGUACGUGUUAAUGAAGAUGAUUCAUGGGAUGAAAAUCCAAACUUGGCAAUUGGUUCUCGAGGUUUAGGAAUAUCUCCUACUAACGUACUCGGAAUUCAAUUUUAUAAAUCAGAGAAUUAUCAUAAUCCAUUAAUAAUAAAAUCUGUUGAAGAAAGUAUUGAAGAUAAAUAUGCUAAGAAGAUAAUACUUCCAUCAACAACAAUAACAAAAGCAUCUGGAAAUGAUUUUCCUCGUCCUGGUGAAGUUGAUAGAGUUUAUGUCACAUCGGUAAAUGAUCGUGUUGUUCAUUUUAUAUGGAAUCCGAAUACAAAUACAUAUGAACAUAUGUUUGAAUUCGUUGGUUCAUUACCAACAACCGGAGUUCAUAAUAAAGUAUAUGUGAUUAAUGGAACUGAUUCCAUUGAUUUAUAUACUUGGGGUAAUUUAAAAACCGUAUUAUUCCCAGAUAUAAAUGGUGAUAAUGUCGUAAAUGCAUCUGAUUCACAUUUAAUUAUGGAAUAUUAUCUUGAUAUAUCAUCAGGAAAACAACCUAGUUUGAAUGAAGAACAGAUUAAACGUGCUGAUGUAACUCACAGUGGAGCAGUUGAUACUUCUGAUUCUACUUGGGUUAGUGAAUUCUAUGCUGAUAGUAGUGCUGGUAUAUAUACUAAUGAUAUUAUCGGAUGGAGAGCAUUCAUGAAAACAAAGAAUAUAGAAGAUGAACCACAAGGAGAAGGAUUCAAUAAAAUAUAUUCUGAAACAGAAAGUAUCCCAGGUAUAGCAUUAGAACAUGAUAUCAAUCGUGGUUUACAUGUUGAUGAUGAUAAUAAAUUAACUGUAUCGAUUAAUGAUGUAACAUCAAAAUCAUUUGAAGAAUAUACUGAUUUUAAUUCUGGUGGUUUACGUUUCUCAUCAUCAGGAAAUAUCGCAAUACGCUUAAAUGAUUCAAAUAAUUAUGAUGCUGAUACUGGUUUAGGUGAUGAUAAUAUUGUUAAUGGUACAAAAGGAUUAUGUAUUGAUGAAAAUAAUAUUCUUGGUAUUAAAUUAAAUCCUACUUCAUCACCAUUAAAAAUUGAUGAUGAUGGUAAUUUAACAUUAUCUGAAGAUAUUGAUGUUGAUACUGAUAUUGAACCAUUGACAAUUAAAGAUUCAAAUGAUAAUAUAAUUACAUUUGAUGGUAAAACACCUGUAACAAUAACAUUAGGACCGGGAUUAGAAAUACUUCCUGAUUAA